CAAUUAAAUGAAUCUCUUCUCUUUGUUUUAAGAGGAAAAAAAUAAAUAAAAAAGCAAUCAGUAAUUUUUUAGGAAAAAGAAACGAGUUGCUUUCCAUUCCACACCUCAUAACAAUACUGCAAUCGUAAGACACGGGUGGCCGUGUAGAGCAAGCAAUCCUCUCCUGCUGCUCUUCGCUUUCUGAAGUUUAAGGAUCAUCAUUCCUUUAAGAAAAGGAAAUUCCGUGGGUUUUUUCCCCUCCCAAGCCUGAUAAUAAAACUGCAAUUAUGAGUCUCCUCUCCCAGGAAGGUUUAAAGGAGAGUCUCCAACAACUUGAAUGCCAUUUUACAUGGGAGUUGCAGAAAGAGCACAUUGAUCCCGAAGAAUUGGAGGAAAGAAUUGCCGAGCAGAUCCGGUUCUUAACCAAUAAAUCCAAAGUUAGAAAUUACAACCUUCUUGCCUAUGUGAAAUUCCUGAACGGCAAGAAGGACGAAGCACUGGAAAACUUGCAGAAAGCUGAAGAGACGGUGCCCGUAGAAUGCCCUGAGGAUGUUGAAAAGGGAAGCCUGGUUACCUGGGGCAAUUAUGCCUGGCUGCACUACCACAUGGGCAAUCUUACUGAAUCCCAAGCCUACGUGGAGAAGGUAGAAAGCACCUGCAAGCAAUUUGGAAGUGAGUCUCCUUAUAAGAUGGAGCUCCCACAGAUCGACUGUGAGAAGGGUUGGGCUCUCCUAAAAUUCGGAGGCAGGUAUUAUGAAAAGGCCAAGGAGAGCUUUGAAAAAGCCCUGGGAAAAGAACCCGAAAACCCAGAAUUUAACGCAGGCUAUGCAAUCAUGGUGUACCGCUUGGAAGAUUAUUAUGCCAAAAAAUGUUCAGGAAAAGCCUCUUCGCUGGAACCUUUGAGGCUUGCGGUAAAACUGAAUCCCAACGACGUAUUUGUGAUUCCUCUCCUUGCAUUAAAGUUACAGGAAACAAACAGAGGGAAGGAAGGAGAAAGAUACAUCGAGGAAGUGCUUGGGAAACAUCCUGACGUUCCUUAUGUAUUAAGGUACGCCGCCAAAUUUUACAGGAGGAAAGGAGAUGUAGAGACAUCACUGCAACAUUUGAGGAAAGCAUUAAGCUUGACCCCGAACUCUGGAAUCUUGCACCAUCAGUUUGGGAUUUGCUAUAGGGCACAAUACUUCGCGCUGAAAAAAAAGGGGGCCAAGGACCAAUUCCAGUUUGUGCAAAAGCAGUACGAGCUGAUGGCACUUUGCAUUUUUCAUUUCCGAAAAGUGGUGGAGCGUAAAACCAGGUUUAUCUACGCUUAUAUUGACCUUGCUAACAUGUACGCCGAAAAAGGAGAGAUACUGGAAGCAGAUAAGACCUUUCAGAAAGUGUUUGCCAUCAGCAACCUAACCGCUACAGAGAAGCAACAGCUGCACUUUAAUUAUGGACGUUUUCUGGAAUGUCAUAGGAAGUCAGAAAGGGAUGCUAUGAAACAGUACCUGGCUGGGCUGAAAAUUGAAAACCAUUCGUUUGAACAAAAGAACUGUGAAAGGAGCUUGAAGCAAUUGAUAGAUAAGACAGAUAAGAAAGGUCAGAAAUGUGUUGAGGUAUUCGAAAGCAUAGGAUUCAUCGCCGAACGCGAUGGGUUCAAAGAAAGAGCCAUCGAAGCCUACGAAUCCGCCCUGAAAAUGGAUCCUGGGAACGAAGAGUGUCUGAGUGCAAUUAUGAACUUGAAGCUUUCCUUGAAAAGCUAAAUGUUUGCUGUGUUUGGAAAGCAAAUGGUUUCCAAAUAUUUCCUGCCGGGGUCAAAGCCCUAAACUUAGCAGUUGCCCCAAGCUAGAGUACUUACAUCUCCGCUGUGUGUGUGUGUGUGUGUGUGUGUGUGUGUGUUUGUGUGUGUGUGUAUUUUAAAAGAAUAUUAGCUUCUAAUAAGGCCUUCUUGGAACAAGUCAAAACAUUGAACUGAACAGCAAGCAAGAUUUUAAAAACCUACGUGUAUAUGGGGAUGAGGUGAAAUCUUACAAUGAUGCUCUGCAGCUUCAACAAGUCCUUGCAGAAGCUGCGAUGGUUUUUGCAUGUAUCCCAAUUUACCACUCAGUCACGGUGGCACAGUGGUUAGAAGGCAGUUUUGCAGGCUAAUUCUGCUGACGGCCGGUACUUCGAUUUUCACUGGGUAACCCAGAGUGUUGAGGGCAGUAUGCUGACUCUGUUAACCGCUUAGAGAGGGCUAUUAAGAUUUAAGAUUUAGUUUAUUUGUGUGUGUGUGUGUGUGUGUGUGUGUGUGUGUGUAUUUUAAAAGAAUAUUAGCUUCUAAUAAGGCCUUCUUGGAACAAGUCAAAACAUUGAACUGAACAGCAAGCAAGAUUUUAAAAACCUACGUGUAUAUGGGGAUGAGGUGAAAUCUUACAAUGAUGCUCUGCAGCUUCAACAAGUCCUUGCAGAAGCUGCGAUGGUUUUUGCAUGUAUCCCAAUUUACCACUCAGUCACGGUAGCACAGUGGUUAGAAGGCAGUUUUGCAGGCUAAUUCUGCUGACGGCCGGUACUUCGAUUUUCACUGGGUAACCCAGAGUGUUGAGGGCAGUAUGCUGACUCUGUUAACCGCUUAGAGAGGGCUAUAUAGAUUUAAGAUUUAGUUUAUUUGUAUGCCGCCC